AUGCGACGCGUCAGGUGAGUUCCCGUUCCACGAGGAAACUCGCCAAAAGUAUCGUGCUCGCGCUCCCUUUCUCGCUUCCAAAUCCGGUGAGCAAACGAAUGUGAAGUGUAAAGAAGCGGCGAUAAUUCGGGGGAGCCUGGGAAUCGAGUUCAAACAAUUCUCUCUCUUCUACUCUCUCUCUCUCUCUCUCUCUCUCUCUUGCUUUCGUCACCAACACAGAUCCAUUGCGUUCAGAAACAUUUCGCUUCUGUACAACGACGGACCGAUGGGCCGUUCCGCCCAACACCAGAGUCCGGAAGGGCAGCGGAGCAAAGCUGAAUCGGUGAGUUCUACAGUAAUCCAGUACCACUUCCUCUUAUUCCACUUGAAUUGUUUUCCUUUCGACUAGAAAUUUGAACUGAACUCUCGUGAAAGGGCACUGUUGUUUUGACACCUUUUUGAGCAUCCAUCCCACCUGACUGCCCGUUUCAAAACCACAAAACUUUUCCGUUUCCUUUUCAAUCGUAACGUUGAAAUUAGUUCUCGAACUACCUGUAGAAUCGGCAAUCAAUUAUGUGAAAUGACGGAAAGAUAAGAAAACGCUGAUAUCACGAGUACACCGAAGAAUGCAAAAUAUUAAAACUGGUUCAGGUGCACUUCACAGCUGACAGCUUCGACGACGAAAUCUCUAAUGCUCCGUCUUCGUCGUGUUCGACCGUCGGCGAAAUGCCCAACAUCAAGUAAUCGCCUUAUUUUUCCCCUUUUCCUUAUCAUUCUCGUUUUCAGACCUUCCGCGAGCAAAGGAUCGUUCCUUUCCGAGCUGAGACCGUUCUCGAAAAGGGCGUCGCAGUUGAUUGUGGACGUUCCGGUGGCACAAUUGAAGAAGAUCAAGAACACGGAAGGAGUGUCCUCGAUCACGAGAGAAUCCGAACACUUUUCCAGUCGGUCACUUUCCGACCAACUAUUUUGAAAUGCAUACAUUUCAGAUACAACAACACUACACGGUCCGAAACGGAUAUACAACGGGAAAAGAUGGUCGUUCGUGUUUUGGAUGUUCAUAAUGAUAGCUUCGAUGAUAAUGCUUCUUGCCCAAGUCUCCUCACUUAUAAGUAUGUUUCUGUCAAGGCCGACAGUAUCCCAGGUGCGUUGUUUAUUCUGGUAAAUGUGAUAUCAUCCGAUUCUUUGCAGGUAUCAUUUCUGCUCAGCGAGGGCGGAAUGCAGUUUCCACGAGUCACUGUAUGCAGUUUUAACCCAAUAAAACGGACCUAUGUCGAGCGUAAGUUCCUCAAAUAAAUGAGAAGAACCGGAUUCGAUGAUGAUCAACGAUCUCUUGCAGAACUCAACUCAACCAAAGAUCUUUCCGAUGACUUGCUCGACUAUCUGAUGAUGUUCAACAGUGAUGCGAUGACGUUGUACGGGAGGGCCGACGGCCAGAGUCUCCACUCCGGAGACAACGUCUACAAACAGUACGUGGCCAGCCAUCCGAACUUUACCGCAGACGGAUUCUUUAUGAACGCGGGCUUCCCUUGCGGUGACAUGUUCAAAAUGUGUUCAUUCGGAGGCCGACGGUUCGAUUGCUGCAAGUACGCGACGCCAGUAUUUUCCGAUCUGGGAAAGUGCUUCACAUUGAACAUGCAAAGCAGUGAGAAGCCGUGGAUGAAGAUGCAGACGGAACCGGGAAUCGCGGCCGGACUGCAAAUAAUCCUGGACUCGCACUUGGAGGAGCAGUUCGAUUCGGAGACCGACGGGGUCACUCCGGUGUUCUCGAGUGCAUUUGAGAACGGAUUCCGGUACUACGUGCAUGCCUCCGAGGAGAUCCCGUUCCUGGCCUCCGAAGGCAUCGCCAUCUCCCCUGACAGCGUCGUUUAUUCUGCUCUCUCCAGCUCCAAGUACAUUCUUUUGUCGUCCAGCGCCUGGGGAAACUGUUCGGACCACUGGCCGCCCGGCUAUGAUUACGACUUUCCCUAUACUGCCGCGAUGUGCUCGACGGUCUGUAAGGCUCAACACUUUCAAAAGCUUUGUGGCUGCUCUCCCUCCAUUUAUAAUCAUCUCAAUCGUGAGUUAACCCGGCAAUAACUCUCGAAGAAUGAAUUUGUUAAGGUUUCAAUGACUGCACACCAUACGAGACGUACCGAUGCAUGGAUACCAAGAUGAAGAAAGCGGUGAAUCCGACGAAUCUGAACAUUGAAAUGCCGACUUGCGAGGAGUGCAGGGUCGAGUGCAAAAGCCAAGUGUAUCACUCGUUCAAUUCAUACGGAAAAGGACUGUCAAGGGGAGCAUUGAUGUGGCUGAGCAAGCAGGGAGAGUGGAGGAUUCAGCACAUGAAGUGAGCGAAAGGUUGAUGAGCGAAAAGAAACCAAUUGUUUCAGGUCCAACUUCCAAGUGGUCAAUGUGUUCUUUCGAGACAUGUCCUACACGGAAUACAUCCAAAAACAGGGAAUGUCUCUGACAGAACUUCUCUCCGACAUUGGAGGUAACAUGGGCAUGUUCAUGGGGAUGUCCGUUUUCACAAUCAUCGAGUUGACCUUGUUUCUCUCAAAAAUCGGAUGGAUUGCAUUUUCAAGAAAGCGAAGAGAUUACAUGUACUCAAAGAAGAAGAACGAGGAAAUGCACGAGAAGGAGCUGGAAGACGUUGUGACCGGAUUCAAGCUGUUCAGAACGAGGAAAUCGGGCAAUGACAUGAGUCAUUUGAGGUGAGAAACAAGGAAGAAGAACGAAGGGAACAUGGAGUUGCAGGGAGAAAAUCAAAGGACUUUCAAUGCAGCGGGUCACUUCGGAGCAGCUGAACGUGUGCAAACUGGCAUGGGAGAACGAGCCGGACAUCGAGCGGAGACUCGCAAAAGUGACAAGACAAAAUUCUGCGUUGAAAGAGCACAAGGACUUCAAGGAAUCAACGCUUCUGCCGUUCGAUCUCAAAGACAUAAAGGAGCACCUUUCUCGAGGAAGAGCCGCGUCCAUGUUUCGGAGCAGGAGGAGUCGCUCCGAAACAGCUCCUUCCGUCAUACAUGAUGCCUAA